UGGCGAGGGGAAGAUAGCACAAAGAGGGAAGGGGAGAGAAAAGACAGGGGAGGAGGAGGUCUGCGUAAACCCCGCCUCCGGUCUCGGAUCCUCUCGCAAGUCUUAUUCACAGCCUCUCACGUUGAGGAUAGAGAGAGAAAGGGGAGAAACAAGAAGAAGGGCAUGCGAAGAAGAAGAAGGGGAGCAGCAAAACGACCAUGGCAAUAUCCAAAUCGUCUCAGCUUGAGAUAGUGUCCGAUCACAGCGCACCUCUACCACCGUCGACCACUGCACGGAGCAUGCAGUCGCACAAUAGACACAGCCCAGAUGAGUGAGGAGCGAUACCUGGGCCGUGGACAAAAUGAGGGUCAUCUUCAUCCAAAACGCCGGUUUUGUCGCAGCUUUCUCGCCUUUUAGAUGUGAGUCGGUGCUUUUGCCAGCGUUUAGGACGACAGAUAAGGUGAACGAGCCAGAAUUAACAGCUAGAUCAUGCAAGUCGAUUGAGGAGUGAGGAGAUCAGACCAAUUGAUUUAGUCAUUUUUUUCUUUUAUUGGGAUAGAGCCUGCAUUAUAGCCAAUUUAUCAUCAUUAAAUCCAAAGUGUAUUCAGCUUCCGGCAUGCUGCCUGCUGCCGAAACCUGAAUACAUAUUUUAUUAUAUUGGCACUAUAAUAAAUUUGUAUCCAGUAAUACACGACUAUGUAUCAGGUAAUUAUGGACCGAUAAUGUCCUUAUAGACUUGUUGUGCUUAAUCCAUUAGUAGAUUGAUUAUAUAGCGAUAUAAACAUGAAUAGGUAGGAGGAGAAAUCUCUGUUCACUUUGAUCAAAGCCAAUUGAUCAACCGAGACAAUCUGGAAAUGUUAAUUUCCACAUGUAAUAGGCUAUGACUAGUAGGCUACGCGUUAUUCCUUGUAAUUUAUUUAUUUAUUAUUACUAUUAUUAGACCUAUAAGUAUUAUAUUAGCAAUUUAUUUUAGGUAGGUAGUUUGAAAUAUUUAACAGUGGGAAGGUAAAACGCUUCCCUAGUGAGAUGGAAACCGCUUAUUUAUCGCCCCACCGGGGGGCAACGCGUCCUGAGGCCCAGAGAGGCCAAACCUCCGCGGGCAAACCGGCGGGGGGUGACCUCUCCCCUCCAGCUCCAUCCCUACCUGCCGGCAACUCAACCGAAGAGACCCCGGCAAGCAGUGAUGGACGGAGAAACUCGGGCGUGAAGAAACACCACCACAAGCAUAACCUGAAACACCGCUACGAGCUGCUGGAGACGCUGGGAAGAGGCACAUAUGGCAAAGUCAAGAAGGCCAUUGAGCGACACUCCGGCAGAGAGGUUGCUAUCAAGUCAAUUCGGAAGGAGAAGAUCAAGGACGACCAAGACAUGGUUCACAUCCGAGAGAUUGAGAUCAUGUCAUCCCUCCGUCACCCACACAUCAUCUCUAUAUAUGAAGUGUUUGAGAACAAGGACAAGAUCGUUAUUGUGAUGGAGUACGCCAGCAAGGGCGAGCUGUAUGACUACAUCAGCGAGCGCCGGCGCCUUAGUGAGCGGGAGACGCGACACUUCUUCAGACAGAUAGUCUCCGCCGUGCACCACUGCCACAAGAAUGGAGUGGUACACAGGGAUCUGAAACUGGAAAAUGUGCUACUGGAUGAAAACUGUAAUAUUAAGAUUGCUGAUUUUGGGCUGUCCAACCUCUACCAUAAGGACAAGCUGCUGCAAACUUUCUGUGGCAGCCCGCUCUAUGCUUCACCAGAGAUUGUCAAUGGGAGACCUUACCAUGGUCCAGAGGUUGACAGCUGGGCUCUGGGGGUGCUGCUGUAUACUCUGGUCUACGGGACCAUGCCAUUUGAUGGGGGAGACCACAAGAACCUCAUUCGCCAGAUUAGCAACGGCGAUUACAAAGAGCCCACUCAGUCCUCAGAUGCCCGUGGACUGAUCCGCUGGAUGCUUAUGGUGAACCCUGAGCGCCGGGCCACAGUGGAGGACAUAGCCAACCACUGGUGGGUAAACUGGGGAUGGAAAAACAGUGUGUGUGACUGCGAGACCCAACGCGACCAUGGAGGCUCGCCCAUGCUGGCCCGCUUCAUCGACUGGCAGAACCGCACUGAGCCACGUGGUUCUGGAGGCAAGGCUGCAGCCAUGCCCCAGCUGCUGCGCCAGAGGCCCAAAAAGUCGAAGAAGGAAAAUGUUGAGGCAGGACAAACCCACUGUGGAGCAGAGGACAAGCCAGGUCUGAAGAGACCCAAGGGAAUCCUGAAGACCAGGGUUACUGAGGAGUUGGGCCAGGCAGUGCUGCCUCAACAAGCCGAAGGGGGAGAGGAAGCCUCCAGCCCAGAUCAAGAGGAAGAGGAGCCGAGUCUGGGAGGGGGCUCGCCAGCAAAGAUGGUGCCCUCUCUGCCCAGGAAAGGCAUCUUGAAGAACAACCAACAGCGGGAAUCAGGGUACUACUCCUCGCCAGAACGCAGCGAGUCCUCCGAGCUUUUAGGGGGUGCCAGUAUGUCUCUGCUAGCCACCUCCCCGCCUAGGAGAGUGAUGGGGAGAAAGGGCAUCUUGAAGCGAAACGGCAAAUACUCCACCUACAGCGGGCCUCCGUCAGCAGCAGCAGUGGCUGGAGCUCUUGGUGAGCCUCCUCCCUCAACUGACUCUGGUCUGUCCCGCAGUCAGAGUCGGCCCUCCAGUAUAGUCGGGGAGGACAGCUCCGUCCUGUCCCUGUCGCCCAGCUCCCUCAGUGGGGCUGAGUGGCAUUCCUCCACCCCCCACCACCGCCCAAACAUCAGGGCCUGCGUCUCGGCUGAAAACCUGCUGCAGCUCGCCAACUUCAAGGGGUUCCAGGCAGCCCCGCCGCUACAGGGUCCCAAGUUCAGCCGUGGCCCCAAAACGAAAGGCUCCCCGGGGGACAAUGGCAGCUUCUCCUUGCUAGGGGACCUGGAGGACAUGACUCAGGUGUACCAGCAAGCCCUGGACAUCAGCAGCAACCUCACCUAAAAGAUGGGUGGCAGAGAGAAAGAAGCAGAGGGAAUUGAACAUGACUGUGUGUGUGUGUGUGUGUGUGUGUAUGUGUGUGUACAGAUGUUUAUAGUUGGCAUUAACGACCAGUGUGUUACUGGGAUACACCUUUUAGGAAGUUGUGGUUUUCCAAAUGGGGCUGAAAUCUUGAUGGAAAUGAUAUGUCUUUGCACAUACAUACACACACAGAUGUGCAUACUUAGGUGCACUUCUCUGGCCUGAGGAAAUUCAGUUAAGGAUUUGUGAACAAGUGAGAGGAGCUGGCACGAGAGAAUGCCACCCAGUCUGCUUUCUUGGCCCGCCCAUAGACUUUGCUGUGUUCAACAUGUUUACAUAUUCAGCAAGAAGGCAAGUUAGAAUCACAAACGCAGCAACCAGAAACUGGUUGGCUCUCCUUGUACACCACCCAUUUUGAGUUUGAGUUUACAAAAGCACCUUAAAACUCACACAGAGCACAUGCUUUUGUGAUCUUUACUUCCUUGAAAAAAAGAAACAAACCAGGGUCUUGUUCCAAAAAUAACUGACAUUGCUGAUUAUUUAUUAAUAUUUUCGUAGCUUUUAGUUGUAAGUGCAAAACUGGUGGGUGCUGGCUGUUACUGGAAAAGUUCUUGUCUCCAACUCUUUGUGUGGAACUGACAUAUAUAAUUAUGUUGCUCAGUGAUGAGAAACAUUUAUAUACUCAACAUAUAUAACUGUCUGCGCUUGUAAAACAUGCAGGCAAAUAUACCUUCAUAAAAGCGUAUGUCCUAUAUAUGUGUAUGAUACUAGGGAAUAUGUAGGAAGUGCCUUUUUUGAUCCCUAAUAAAAAAAAAUUAUGUAUGUCAUUUCCUUAAAGUGGAGGGAAAAGCCAGGCCAACCUGUCACCAGUUGUGCUUUUUUUUUUUUUUAUUUGUGAAUGUGGAGAGACCCAGGGCCUUCAGCACACAGCUGACUAGCUGUUCUUGUUUUGGGGUUCAAAGGUCAAUCUCAGAUAUUUGAGAUCAAACAGUCUCAUCCUCCCCCCCCACU